UUAAGUAGGCCGAGUAUAGAAUAUAACAACGACACGGUAUAAUGUAUGUGACGGUUGUAUUUCUUUGUAUUUUACUGGCAAGAUCUCUCUCGGGGCUAAUUGUGCCUUCCCCAAAGUCAGAUGGUGCUUCUGAUAUGUCCAGCCUUUUGAAUCAUGUGUCGCUGCUUGAGCAGACUGUGUCCAGCCUUCAGGCAACAACCACGCAGGUUCAGACAGAACUACAGGUUACAAAGAAAGAUCUGCAGGCCACACAGACACAGCUUCAAAGUACCAUGAAGGACUUCCACCAUACCAGAACAGAUCUGCAGACCACACAGACACAGCUUCAAAGUACCAUGAAGGACUUACAACAUACCAGAACAGAACUUCAGUCGAGCAAGACACAACACCAGUCAGAAGCUGCUGAAAUAUCAUCCUUGAAAGAUGAAGUUUUAGCAAUGAAGGCAGAGCUUCGUUUAACAUCUAAUCAACUCGUCAUGGUUAAAACACAACUGAAAGACAUGGCACACGGUGACAGUGUGGCUGAUCCUCAGCUGAAUCUUACCCUGCUGGAUUCCAUCCUCCAUGAGAUGAAGCUGAACACGGCACAGGUACAUGCGGUGCAGACAGAUGUCAAGCAGCUGGACAAACAACUCACCUUAGUAAACUCUACUGUGCAUGACGUGACAACAGAAAAAGAUGACUUCUUUCGUAAUAUGUCGUCCUGGAUGCAAAUAAUGACACAGAAACAGUUGGCAGAAAACACGGAACUCCAGUCUACAAAGUUGCUGGCACAUACUGAAUCUAAACACGUCCAGAAGCUCGAGCAAGAUAUAAAGUCAAUGUUUUCUGAAAUGAGUGUUGUCAGACAGGACUUACAAUCAGCAUGGAAGGAUCUUCACUCAGUUCAGAGUAAUCUGAGUCUGACUGUCUCCAAUGUUUUAACUUUAAAAAGUAACAUAUCCAUGGUUGGAAAGCAAUCCCUGGACAACAAACUAUCCCUGCUACAGGUUUCACAAUCACCAAAGACCAGAAAUGUGGCAUUCAACGUUAACUACCCUCCAAGUUCAACAUCAAACGGCACUCCUCUCCCAUUCAGUACCAUCCUUUACAACGCUGGCUCUGGCUACAACACCAGCACGGGGACGUUCGUGGCGCCAGUCUCUGGGAUCUACAUCUUCUGGACACACCUGGCACUGACGCAGGCAAACACUAACAUGUCCUUCGACAUCAUCAAGUCAGGAGGAGUGAUUCUGGCAAACGGAUACACGGAAACAGACUCGUAUAUUGAUGAAACUGAUGCUUCUGCCAUCACUGUCACUCAUCUAGACAAGGGAGAAGAGGCCUGGGUACAGAUGACUUUUUCACGGAUUAUCUACCCAAGCUCAUCCUAUUUUGGUGGCACCCUGCUGUCAGAGGACUGAGAAGAGUAUUUAGCUCCAUCACGCAAUGCUAGGAACAAUUUCAAUGAUAUUGUAACCAGCUAGUCUUCUACAACGACAUGUAUUUGGGUCUGUCCUGUCCAACAAUCGCUUCAGUAUUACAGUGUAUGAAUAAUAGACACUGAUUAUUGACAAUGAUAAUAAGAAAAGCGACAAAAAGAUUUCCAUUACUAUAUGAAAUGUCUGAUUCCGAUUAUGUACUAGGAAUUGGUUUGAACUAGAAAUA